AUGCAGAGGCAGCAAAAAGAAAAAAGUUUGUUGCGAUUCCUUGCAACUACUUUUAACGUUAGUUUAGAAGAGAAACUCGGUUCUAGCACAAUUAUUUUUAACGUUAGUUUAGAAGAGAAACUCGGUUCUAGCACAAUUAUUUUUAACGUUAGUUUAGAAGAGAAACUCGGUUCUAGCACAACCACUUUUAACGUUAGUUUAGAAGAGAAACUCGGUUCUAGCACAACUACUUUUAACGUUAGUUUAGAAGAGAAACUCGGUUCUAGCACAACUACUUUUAACGUUAGUUUAGAAGAGAAACUCGGUUCUAGCACAACUACUUUUAACGUUAGUUUAGAAAAGAAACUCGGUUCUAGCACAACUACUUUUAACGUUAGUUUAGAAAAGAAACUCGGUUCUAGCACAACUACUUUUAACGUUAGUUUAGAAAAGAAACUCGGUUCUAGCACAACUACUUUUAACGUUAGUUUAGAAAAGAAACUCGGUUCUAGCACAACUACUUUUAACGUUAGUUUAGAAAAGAAACUCGGUUCUAGCACAACUACUUUUAACGUUAGUUUAGAAAAGAAACUCGGUUCUAGCACAACUACUUUUAACGUUAGUUUAGAAAAGAAACUCGGUUCUAGCACAACUACUUUUAACGUUAGUUUAGAAAAGAAACUCGGUUCUAGCACAACUACUUUUAACGUUAGUUUAGAAAAGAAACUCGGUUCUAGCACAACUACUUUUAACGUUAGUUUAGAAAAGAAACUCGGUUCUAGCACAACUACUUUUAACGUUAGUUUAGAAAAGAAACUCGGUUCUAGCACAACUACUUUUAACGUUAGUUUAGAAAAGAAACUCGGUUCUAGCACAACUACUUUUAACGUUAGUUUAGAAAAGAAACUUGGUUCUAGCACAACUACUUUUAACGUUAGUUUAGAAAAUAAACAUAGUUCUAGCACUAAGUUUUCGAAUUUGAUGGAGGCAAAUCUUUGCGGAGUCCGUCAAUGGAUGCAAUAA